AUGCUGGAAGAUCCGGAACACCCAGGAGACUACCAGGACAGGGACAUGGACCUUCAGCACGGUCCUCCUUCGAAGCGUGGUAGUGCAAGCAGUAAUCGUAGCCAGGGACGCGGCGGCAAGAAGGGAAUGAACGCAGGGAAGUCCCAGGGUUCUAAGACGCAGCUGGCUGCCCAGGAAGGAGUACAAGAGCUGAGGGUCAGGUAUAUGAACGUGGAGGAGAUGGCCCUUGCGGAAGCGUGGGAUUCUGAAUAUGGAGUGCUUGAUUUCGAAGAACGGGCGGAGUUUUGGCAUCAAACGAAGGAGUGGCAGCGACAGGCAGAGGAGGCGCGGUCACCAGUAUCAGAAACCCUCGGGCGGACACUACUGGCUCCCGUGUGUCAUGGAUACUCUCAGUCGAGCUAG